AUGUUUCUCAUUGUGGUUCACCUUCAUAUUUUUCGUGGUCUAUAUCAUGCGAGUUAUAGCAGUCCUAGGGAAUUUGUUCGGUGUCUCGGAGUUGUAAUCUUCCUAUUAAUGAUUGUGACAGCUUUUACAGGAUACGUACCACCUUGGGGUCAGAUGAGCUUUUGGGGAGCUACAGUAAUUACAAGCUUAGCUAGCGCCAUACCGGUAGUAGGAGAUACCAUAGUUACUUGGCUUUGGGGUGGUUUCUCCGUGGACAAUGCCACCUUAAAUCGUUUUUUUAGUCUUCAUCAUUUACUCCCCUUUAUUUUAGUGGGCGCCAGUCUUCUUCAUCUGGCCGCAUUGCAUCAAUAUGGAUCAAAUAAUCCAUUGGGUGUACAUUCAGAGAUGGAUCAAAUUUCUUUUUACCCUUAUUUUUAUGUAAAGGAUCUAGUAGGUUGGGUAGCUUUUGCUAUCUUUUUUUCCAUUUGGAUUUUUUAUGCUCCUAAUGUUUUGGGGCAUCCCGACAAUUAUAUACCUGCUAAUCCGAUGCCCACCCCGCCUCAUAUUGUGCCGGAAUGGUAUUUCCUACCGAUCCAUGCCAUUCUUCGUAGUAUACCUGACAAAUCGGGAGGUGUAGCCGCAAUAGCACCAGUUUUUAUAUGUCUGUUGGCUUUACCUUUUUUUAAAAGUAUGUAUGUGCGUAGUUCAAGUUUUCGCCCGAUUCACCAAGGAAUAUUUUGGUUGCUUUUGGCGGAUCGCUUACUACUAGGUUGGAUCGGAUGUCAACCAGUGGAGGCACCUUUUGUUACUAUUGGACAAAUUCCUCCUUUAGUUUUCUUCUUGUUCUUUGCCAUAACGCCCAUUCCGGGACGAGUUGGAAGAGGAAUUCCUAAUUCUUACACGGAUGAGCCCUAGCCCUGUAAGCCCACACCUGAUCAGUGAAAAAUUAUGACACCAAUCAUUUACGUAUUACACCAAGAAUGAAUUGACAAGCGCAUA